AGAGCAGAGGUGCCGGCAUGCCCGAAUGAGUUUUUGCUCUAAAAAGCGUGUUGUUACAACUUUUUGAAGACAAAAAAUAAUUAAGUUAUAUUUUCGUUGUUAUAUUUUUUAAUUUGAAAUGCCGAAAGUUCGAGCUGACAAGAAGCGGACAGCUCAUGUUUUCAAUUCCAAAUGGAGAUCAACCGAUGUUAUUCUUACAGAGGAAGCAGAUUUCGCUUCACUGUUAUUGUCGGAACGUGUAUUAAAGGGCUUAAAGAAAGCUGGUUUUAAGAAGCCUUCGCCUAUUCAACUUGAAGCUAUUCCUUUUGGACGUUAUGGUAAAGAUUUGUUUAUUCAAGCCAAAUCUGGUACUGGAAAAACUUUAGUAUUUACGAUUGUUGCCUUGGAAAUGUUACAAGACAUAAGAUGUCCACAAGUUCUGAUUUUAGCACCAACACGAGAAAUAGCAGAUCAAAUACGAGAAGUAAUAACAUCGGUUGGAGUUGGAUUCAAAACAUUAACAUGUUGUAAUUUUAUAGGAGGCAUGCCAUUGCAAGAAGACAGAGCAAAAGGACAUUCUUGUCAAAUUGCUGUUGGUACACCAGGUAGAGUUAAACAGCUUAUAUCUGAUGGUAUAUUACCAACUAACUCGAUUCGAUUAUUUGUUUUGGAUGAAGCUGAUGUAUUGCUAAGGGAUAAGUCUUUUGAGUCUACUAUAAGGGACAUUUUUGACUCAUUGCCAAAAGAAAAGCAAGUGAUUGCAACCAGUGCCACUUACCCCAACAGUAUUAAAAAAAUCAUGAGUGACUAUUUCAGGGAUCCUUACCUAGCAAAGUUACAGAAAGAAAAUCUUUCUUUAUUAGGUACCAUUCAUUAUGAACUAGAGGUACAACACAGUUCCCUUGUUGCGUUAGCUUAUAAAUUCAAAUUGAAAGCAUUAGAAAAAAUUUUGGAAAAGGUGAAGUUCUGUCAGUGCUUAGUGUUCUGCAAUCAAAUAGCAAUUGUGGAAUUGCUUUGUAAAGAUGUCAAAAAAUUGGGAUUUACUGCAACGUACAUUUCAAGUGCUAAAGAGCAGAUAGAUCGUUUGAAAGCUAUUGAUGCUUUGAAGCGUUUCAAGUGUAAAAUCUUAGUCUGCUCAGAUUUAACUUCCCGUGGAAUUGAUGCUGAAAAUGUAGAUUUGAUCAUAAACUUUGACUGUCCAACUACCAUAGAAACGUAUUUGCAUCGAGUUGGAAGAGCAGGGCGAUAUGGAGCAAGAGGUGUGGCAAUCACAUUUAGAACUAAAGCAGAAAAUAUACUUUUUCAAAGAUUUCAAAAAGAGGUGAAUUUCAGAGCACACAAUCUGCCUAAUCCUUUGGUUCGAGAUCUAAUAAAUUUCAUACCUAAGAAUUUGAACGAUUCAGAAAUCCUUUCGAAAGACCUGGAACUAGAACAAAAUGGCGAUACAGACUGUAAUGAUAUUGCGACGGCUGAAAUAAGUUCUUCAAAAGGUGACACUGAAAGUAAAAAUCUGACUGUGCUUGAAAGCAAGGAUAUUUUGCAGGAUUCUGCCAUUCAGAAUAAAACUUCUGAAGAAGCUGAAAGUCUUUUGCAUAAGAAAUCUGAAGUUUUAAAUGAAAUGAAAGGUAAUGAGGCUCUUACUCCAGUCUUCGAUCAAAAUUUGUUGUCAAAAAAGACAGACAGUGUCAAGGAUAAGGAAGAGAAAAAAGAUAUAGAUGCUGUCAGCAAUGAAGUAGAAGAAAAUUUAAAUUUCAGGAUAGAAUCACUUUUUAACAGUAAUACGAAUGUUGUAUUAAACCACAGCAAAGAUAUUAAAAUGAAAAACAUUGAUAGUUGCAGUAACAAAGAACUCGAUCAUUCUCUGAGUAAUGACAAAACUGCUGUGGAAAAUGAAAGUAACUGUGCACAGUUUGAAGCUAAAUCUGGAAAAAAAACUUCCAGAAGGGGAAUUGAAUCCCUUAGUAAUACCUAAAUGCUUCCAAGAAAUGUUUGAAGAAACUAUCUCGUUGGCUCAACAAAAUGAUAAUGUUCAAGAAACAUUAAAUAAACAAGUAAAUUCUGCCUUCAGUGAAGCAAACAUUGAAAACUAUAAAGCUGGGGAUAAUGUCUGUAGUGACAAUAUAAUAAACAAUUUGGCUUUAAAAUUUAUUGAUAAUUAUGUGGAAAAAAAUGGUCAUUCAGAUAUGCUGAGUGAAAAGGAGAUAGCAGAAAACAAUAGAGGUGUUUCAUAUGGACCGUUCAGAGCAAAAAAAUGCAUAACACAAAAUGAUAUCAAUAUUUUAAGAUCACGUAAUAACAAUUUCUUUUAUAAUGUGCUAACUAACCACUCCCACAAUAAAUUGAACAAAAAUAUUUCUUGUGUGGAGAAUACCGGUGAAAAAGGUUUUGUAGAGAAUCUUUCACAACUACAAAGUAUUGAUGGAAAUUUAUCUAACAAAGAUGCAAAUGUAUGUUUAGAUUCUGAUAAAUCUUCAAAUUUAAUAUCUUUGAUUGAAUUCAGUAAUGAGGAUAAAUUUAAUACUGUUUGUGAAGUAUCAUCUUCGGAAAAGACAUUAUUGAAAGAUCUUUCAGGUAACAAAAACAUGCUUGAAAGUGCACCAAAUAUAAGAAAUAACAUUUCUCAUAAUAAGAACUCCGGUAGUUUUGAGCCUUUAGAUAAAAAAUCAAACACAGUGGAUAGCUUUAAGGAUCAAAUAAAAGGUGAAGUGAUCUAUUGUUCCCCAGAUGUAGAUAAUUUGACCAAUAAUUACUUUGAGAGUAGUGAUACUGAAAUAAGUGAUGAAAUUUGUGAAUGUAAUUUAAAUAAUAGUGCUGAAUUUAAUCAUGAUAAUAGUGAUGAGAGUGAAGAGUAUAGUUCUAAGAGUGAAAAACUUAAUCAGAAUAAAAGCGAAGAAUGCAGUUAUGAAGAAAGUGAGGAGUGCAGUGAUGAAGAAAGUGAAAUAUGUAGCAAAAAGAGUAAAGAAUCUAGUGAUUUGGAAACUGAAGAAACCAGUGAGGAAAUGAGUGAAGAGUCUAGUGAUCUGGAAACUGAGGAAUCCAAUAACAAAACAAGUGAAGAAUCUAGUGAUCUAGAAACUGAAGAAUCGACUGAGGAAAGCAGUGAUGAAUCUAGUUUUAGUACUGAAUGCGGUUCAGCCGAUCUAUCCGAUAGCGAUAAUAAGCAAAGUUCUGAAUCUGAGGAUGGAAGCAGCACCGGCAGUAAAUCAUCUCCCAUUAAUCUUCAAAACAAAAAGCAUAAAAAAAUGAAAAAUAAUAAAAAAGAAAUUUUCAAAGUGAAGAAAGAGAGGUCUAGAGUAGUUGAUUUGCAUGAAAAGAAACAAUAUGUAAAUGGCAAUUCAUGUUACUCAUCUAGCUCCUGUCGUUCAACUUUGUCAGAUGAUGUUCUGAAAAGGCAAACUCAAAGAACUUUUUGUUGUGAUGCUAAAGCAGAUGUAAUUCCAAGACACGGUAGAAAAGGUCAAGAAAGAAAAACAAAUUCUAAGACUUUCUCAACUAAUUCCAACCUGAAACCAUUCUAUGCAACAAGUAACUACCCUCAAGCAAAUUAUAGCCCUCACAUAUGCUGUUGCUGUCAACAUAUUAAAUAUCCCAAUUAUGGACAUUCGAGUAAGAUUAAUAGUGUACAGUGUGAUCGCGAAUGUUGCCAACCUGCAAAUCAGUAUUUUCAUGGUACAGCUGUUAACCGUAACAAUCAGGAUUAUUUGUGUAAGAUAUGGUAUCAAACCUUUUAUAAUCAAUAUUUUUGGAUAAAGAACAAUGCAUUUUACAUUUCUAAAAACUUUUGAUAUUUCUCAAAAACGUUUUUGUUUGUGUUUUAUAUUGUUUGAUUAAUUCACUAUUGGCAACAUUGCAAAUAUGGUGUAACAAGUUUUAUUACAUAAAAUUUUGUCUUUAAAAGUA